AGUCGCUCUCUGACUCGAAGUUAUACUUUUCUCUUCAGCCAAAGGAUAUUGUACAACAGUUACAAAUGAAGAAGGAACUCGCACCACGCUGGAACCUCUCUGUCACAGUGCUACGAGGAAAGAUCGAGCAUUCAUACGACUACUUUUCACAGCCUGACCUCUAUGUGACCCUACGCCUGCCCACAGCCUCGGCUUGUACUCUGAGAACCAGGACAAUCAAUAACUCUGGGACACCCGAGUGGAACGAGACCUUCCACUUCCGCACCUUCAGCCAGGCGAAGAAUGUUCUAGAGAUAAAUUUGUAUGACAAAGACAUAAUGAGGGAUGACGAAUGCACCGGCAUUCUGUUCGACGUCAGCACCCUCAAACUGGGUCAGAAGGAAACCAAAGUCUUCAUCACGGAUGACAAGAAGAAGGACAAGCUGUGGGUGGAAUUUGAGAUAACAGAGAGUCCUGAAGCACCUGUUCAGUACCUGACUAAUGGAGUCCUAUUGGCCGCCCCAUUGUCUACCCUGGAGGUGAAGUUGGACAAAAUUCCCACUGGUGUUCGACGUGAAAUGCUGUUAAAGUUACAAGGAGCGUAUAAAGAAGAUCAAGUGAUCUCCAUGUCCAAGAACAUCAGCCUCAUGCAGACUCUACGCUAUUACAUCAACAAAAAUCUGGAGACCGAGAUUGAACUCCGGAUGGAUAAGGGAAGCCCAGUAGUAGCUCCUGUAACCCAGUUUGGACCCAACACUACACUCUCUCUUCCUGUGGCAAAGGAAACAGUAAAUUUACAUUUGAACACAGUGGACAGCUCUGAGGAGGACAUGAAGGUGCGUCUGGAUUUUGACAUACCUGCAGAGGAGAAAGCGUUUCUGGUGAAGAGGAAACAGGUGGUGUCUUGUGCGCUGCAGACGUUUUUAAACCUCAAAACUCCUCUGGAUCCCAACCAGGUGCCGACGGUGGCUGUGGUGUGUUCAGGUGGCAGCUCCAGGGCCAUGACGGGCAUGUACGGCUCUAUGAAAGGACUGAAGAGCCUCGGCCUGCUCGACGCCAUCAGCUACAUCACCUCUGUGUCUGGCUCCACCUGGGCCACUGCUAGUCUCUACUCUGACCCACUUUGGUCAAAGGGAGGCCUGGAUAAAGUGAUAGCAUCUGCGCAGAAGGAGCUGUCUAAGAGCACAGCCAGUCUCUUCUCUCUAACACAGCUGCAUUAUUAUCGCUCCGAGCUGCAGAACCGAGAGAAAGAAGGCCACUCCGUCUCCUUCAUCGAUACCUGGGGGCUCGUCAUAGAACAGCUCAUCUUUGGAAAGAAACACACAGGUACACUGUCUGACCAGAAGAAGGCAGUCUCUGAAGGCCAGAACCCGCUCCCAAUCUACACAGCCGUCAACAUGAAGAAGGACGCCAGUGGCAGUUUAGCGCCUGUUACAGAGUGGUGUGAGUUCACACCAUAUGAGGUGGGAUUCUCCAAAUAUGGAGCCUUUGUCCCUGCAGAAACUUUUGGGAGCGAGUUCUACCUAGGUCAUGUGAUUAAGAAGUCAUUAGAAACACGCAUCUCCUUCCUCUUGGGCAUGUGGAGCAGUGUGUUCUCCGCUAAUCUAUUGCAGCUCUGGUGUACUUAUACUGGUAAGAUACCAUCCUGGGCUUCCCAGCUGGGAGAUAAGGUCGACAGCAUCGAGACCGAUAAGAAUGCCUCGACCUUGGAUACUUUGCGGGUCAGUCCAGGGGCUUCAGUGCUGUGCAGCUUCUUGAAUGACUGCCCCAUCAUCAGCACUGUGUUUAACUUCCUGAGAGGAUUCUCCCUGCACAACUUGUACAGAAAAAGCCCAGGAUUCAAUACCUUUAAUGAGACACAUCUGGAUGCGUUUCCAAACCAGCUGACCCCAGCAGACUCCACUCUAAGCUUGGUGGAUCCUGGAUUUGCCAUUAACAUGGCUUUCUCUCCUGUGCUACGGCCCCACAGACGCGCCGACGUCAUCCUGUCCCUUGACUACAGUUGGGUUGAGGAUCGUUUACAGACCCUGAAGGAAACUCAGCAGUACUGCAGUGAACACAAGUUGCCAUUCCCGAACAUAGAUUUCAGCAAAUACAAGUCUGAGCCAAACAGGGAAGUGUAUGUGUUCGAAGAUGAGAAGAAUCCUGAUGCUCCUAUCGUGAUCCAUUUUCCACUCGUCAACAUCUCAUUCAAAGAGUAUAAAGAACCAGGAGUAAAGAGAAGAGGAAAGAAGGAGCUAGAUGAAGGAAAUAUUGAUGUGAGUUCCAACUCCUCUCCAUACAAUACCAUGAACAUCACAUUUCAGUCAGAAGACGUCCAAAGACUGGUGGACCUCGCCUCCUACAACAUUGUGAACAACCGAGAAAUCGUCCAAAAUGCACUGAAGAAAGCGCUGAACAAAAAGAGCCUUUGUUAACAUGCCCUCAAGUGAAAGUACAAAAUACUGCAUACUACCUUAACCAGGGGAAUAAGAAAUGAAGGAAAUCAGUUUACAGUGAUUGUGUGUUGUAUAUUUAAUUCAGAUCAGUUUACAAGAAAAAUAUGUUUUAGGAACAGAGUGAUAAGAUCAUCUUAAUCAUCUUCUGUACAGUUGACAUAUGUAUAUAUGUAGAUAGAUAUAGAUUUAUAUAUAUAUAUAUAUACAUCUA